AUGGCUCCAAAUAUUCCAUCCUUACCUUCCUUCGUCUGCGUUGUCAGCUCCCUUGUUCUUCUCUCCACCUUUCCUUCCACCUCUUUCUCUAAUCCAAUAAAACAUUCGUCGCCUUUCUCGCCGGCGGCAGAUUGGCAGCCAGCCGGAGCAACGUGGUAUGGCAGUCGCAAUGGCUCCGGCAGUGAUGGUGGUGCUUGUGGCUAUGGUGAUCUGGUGGGCAAGCCACCCUUUUCCUCCAUGGUGACUGCAGGAAACCCUAAUCUGUUUUUAUCAGGCAAAGGAUGCGGUGCAUGUUAUCGGGUUAAAUGUACAAAUAACUCUAUGUGUUCUGGGAAGUCAGUGGUGGUGACCAUCACUGAUGAAUGCCCCGGUGGACCGUGUUUAAAGGAGACGAUUCAUUUCGACCUAAGUGGGUCGGCAUUUGGGUCCCUUGCCGUGCCGGGCAAAGCUGAUCAGCUCAUGGGAGUUGGUGUGCUCGCUGUUGAUUAUACUCGGGCUGCAUGCAACUACAACGGCUACACCAUCGCAUUCCACGUGGAUAGUGGAUCCACCGCCUACUACUUCGCAGUUGUUGUGGAGUACGAAGGCGGCGACGGCGAUCUCUCCAGCGUAGAUCUCCGGCAAGGAGGAGGAGGAGGAGGCUUGCCGCCGCAGUGGUCGUCGAUGCAGCAGUCAUGGGGAGCAAUGUGGAAGCUCAACUCCAAUUAUGAACUGAAGCCUCCUUUCUCUCUCCGGCUUACAUCAUUGAGAUCUCAUGCCAUCCUCGUCGCUGAUGAUGUCAUUCCAGUUGGAUGGCGGCCGGGGAUGACUUACUGGUCUUCGCUCCGUGCUUCUGGUUUAUGA